CUUUGCCUCAGUUUUCUUAUAGGAAAACAAGUAAUACAUAACAUACACAUAUGGCGUUUCAAUAUGGGAUGCUUAUGCGACUUUCAGUGUUGCUAGUACUUUUACUAGCGGCUACAAAUGCUGUAGCAGCAGCAACAACAAGAACAAGCGCAAGAGAAGGAGGAGCAGAAGAUGGAAAACCCGGCGCGUCUGAAAUGGCCAAGCCUAACUGCAAAGACAAAUGUGGUAAUCUCACAAUUCCAUACCCAUUUGGCAUAGGUCACGGUUGUUACUCCCGACCAGAAUUCAGCAUCACCUGCAAAGAAUCCAAUGAUGAGAGUGAGCCCACAACACCCCGAUUGAUGGAAACCCGUAUGAUUGUCACCAACAUAUCCCUUGAAGCGGGUGACCUGGAAAUAAUGCAGUUAGUAAACAGAGAUUGUUAUGACGCCCAAGGUAACCUAACCAAUAACCAAACCAGGGGCGGGCUCAGGGUGUAUCCGCCAGAUGCAGCUUUCAAAUUCCAUCUUCAUCAUCAACGACCGUGCAUGCAUUCUUUCUAGUGGGUCAAGUAUUAUUAUUCACACUUUUUAGUAGUGCACAGCUUUGGCCCGUGAUUGUGACUCGAGUCUUCAUCACUAUUACUAAUCUGAAAAAGCUGUAUCUAUCAAGGAAGUCUUGGUCAAGCGAAGCCACUUUAUCUUGUGGUCCAAUCAACAUAAUAUUACUCGAGCAUCGGAGGGUCUUAGGCUGGUUCCACACCGGUUACAUAGACUUUACGAGCUUCGCUUAUCUUCUAUUCAGGAUCAGCA